ACCAGCUACUUCUUUUUCAGUAUGGGGAUAUUAAAUUAUGUAUUCCUGGGUUUAUGCACACUGCAUCUGUUUAUCAAUUUUAGCACCAAUGUGAAUGCGUCCCAGGAGCCACGGACAACUGCUGAUAACAGUGGGGCUGCGAUGAGGAGGGCCAGAGCUGUGAACAGACCGAUACCGAUCAACUGCAGGCUGGGGAGCUGGUCGGCGUGGACACCGUGUAACGCCUGCACAGACAAAAAGUUCCGUUUUCGAAGCCUAGAAAAACCCUCACAGUUUGGUGGGACAGACUGUAUCGAGGGACUGUGGGAGAGGCUGGCAUGUCCAACGUCAGCCUUGCAGUGUCUGGUGCCGGAUUACUGCGGAGACAGUUUCACCUGCAAAGAAACAGGGCGCUGCAUCAGCCAGUCCCUUCGCUGUAAUGGAGAACCAGACUGUGAUGAUUUUUCUGAUGAAGACGGAUGUACGGAUUUGAACCGGAGAGACGACAAGUGUUCCACCCUCCUGCCAAUCCCCGGCGCUGAACGUGGCACUCAGGGGUUCAACAUCUUAACUGGAGACUUUGUUGAUCACGUCCUUGACUCGAAGUACUUUGGAGGACAGUGUGAAUACGUCUAUAACGGUGAAUGGAGGAAGUUCGUUUAUGAUGCGUUCUGUGAGAACCUGCACUACAAUGAAGAUGAAAAAAACUACCGGAAACCUUACAACUACCACACCUACCGUUUUGUGGCUCAGGCUAAAUCGGAGAGCUCUCAUGAGUAUUUUGAAGAUUUGUCGAGCUUGCUGACGGCGAGGAAAACCAUGUCCUCCUCCAACGGUGGAGCCUCCAUUGGGAUCAGUUAUGUUCAAGUGGGCAUGAGUGGCAGCGGAGAAUCGGAGUUUCUCAGCAACUUAACACGGCAUAGAAGCCAGGACCUUGGCUUCAUUAGACUUCAGUCCAAAGUACAAACUGCCCACUUCAAGAUGAGAACCAAUCAGCUGAUGCUUCAUGAAGAUUUCUACAUUUCACUCAUGGAGCUCCCAGAGCAAUACGACUUUGGGAUGUACUCCAGAUUCUUGAACACAUUCGGCACCCACUACGUCACGGAGGGAACCAUGGGGGGAACCCUGGAAUACAUUGUGGUUGUCAACAAAACAUCUAUGGCAGAAUCAAAAAUUGAGGCUGAACAAGCUGGUUCAUGCAUCGGUGUCUCUAUUGGUUUUACCUAUCCAUUAGAUGAAUAUGCAAAAAUAGAUCUAAAGUGGAAAAAAGAUUUUUGUAAUAAAGAUGGAAGGUUUGAUCAAGAAAAAAGCUCUAAAUCAUCUGUGAUUGAGGACGUUGUUACUCUGGUAAAGGGAGGAAUCAUAGACUCCAGCGCUGGGCUGGCGGCCAUCAGGAACCCCGACACGUACAAGAAGUGGGGAGCAUCUCUCAAAUACAACCCAGCAGUCAUCGAACAUGAGACCAUGCCGAUUUAUGAGCUCGUGCACUACAGCACAGCUGCCGACCAUGUAGGUGCUCGAAUGGCCAACUUACAGAGGGCUUUGGAUGAGCAUCUGCAGCAGUUCGACCCCUGUCGCUGCGCCCCCUGCAGGCACAACGGGAUCCCCGCCCUCUCAGGAACCUCCUGUACCUGCAUCUGUAAGUCUGGGUUCCAGGGAGAGGCCUGUGAGGAGACACUCGGGAGAGAUACCAAGACAGAUGGGGUGUGGUCCUGCUGGGGGCCCUGGUCAUCCUGCACAUCAGGGAGGAAGACUCGGACACGAGUCUGUAAUAACCCUCCACCUGAUGGAGGCGGAGCAAACUGCCUGGGCUCCACUUCUCAGGCUCGCCGCUGCUAACGAGAAGCUUGUCUCAGAUUUCAGGGUAAAGAGGCUGUUGAGUGCUAUCACAAAACUCUCCUUUUCAAAACAUUAAAGGCCUCAGAAAUGAAACACACUGUAAACACUGUAUAUCAAAAGUGGGAAUAAAUGCGUGUUGUGCAGA